AUGAACAAGGUCCUUUCAACCACUCUUUGCUUUGGACUCCUAACUUUGUUAACUGUAAUGAUUUUUUUGGAAUUGGUGCAUGGACAGCCAUAUCUUACCCAAGGAAAUGAACUAUUUCCAGAUAAGGAAGAUACAAAUCAUGAGGAACUACUGCUGGCUCUACUAAAUAAACAUUUUGAUUUCCAAAGACCUUCCAACAUUGAUAGACAACUGGCUAGCAAAUUGGAAGAACUUAAGCAGUUGGAAAAGCUAAAAGAGCAGUUUACGGAGGCAAAAGAUGUUGAGAUAUCCUAUGCUAUAGAUGGUCCAUCUUCUUCCCCUCCAAGCAAGCAAGCAUGCUUUUGGAAAUACUGUGUCUGA